AUGGAAGCCCAAGAGGAAACGUCCACUUCUUACCCCCAUGAAGAUGUGGAUGAAGAAGAGGAGGACUCAGUGGACUGGUCAGACUUCCCAUGGGUGCGGAUUGGACUCAUCGCUGCGGUUUUAUCAGCGACAGCGUUGGUUCUGUGCAUUCUUGGACUUUCACCUCCUUGCGAAUCCAUCUCAACUUUGUCACAGCGGCAGAAUCUUCUUCAGGACCACAGCCGAACAGCCACAUACCACAGGGCUAUUCUGCUCAAUGAGGCGGAUUUCCAAGACAAGGUGGUGUUGGAUGUUGGUGGAUCUGGUAUUUUGUCUUUCUUUGCCGUCCAGGCCGGAGCAGCAAGAGUCUACAGUCUCCAAUCUGGGCUUUUGUUGAAAAACACACAGUCCCUGGUCGAGGCGAAUGGUCUGUGUGGGAGAAUUGUGGUGCUGGACGGAGACUUGUGUCCAGAGAAAGUGGACGUGCUUCUGUUUGAGCCCACGGGACAUUUGCUGCUGUCCGAGCCGCUCUCACAGACCCAGCUGCUGAAGGGGAGGAGCUGCCUCAAACCUGCAGGUCUGAUGUUUCCGUCUUGGGCCGAUCUUCACUUUGCUCCAUUUAGCGAUGAACAACUUUACUUUGAAAACUACGCUCGAGCUGCUUUCUGGCAGCAGAGAAACUUCUAUGGAAUAAGCCUGAACUCUUUGCACAACCCUGCAGUGGAGGAGUUCUUCAGACAGCCCAUAGUGGAGACAUUUGACGCCCAGAUCCUGAUGUCACAUUCCGUCAAACAUCUGAUCAACUUUGAGAAGGCCACAGCGGAGGAUCUACAAAGGUAA